UUCCCUCCGAUAAAACAAACACACAUACAUUAAACCGAAACACCUUUUGUUGUUGAACUCAACACAACACAACACAACACAACACAACACAACAAUGGCUUCAACUUCAAUCACAUGCAUCACUCACCAACCCAUCAUUUCAAAUUCCAAAUCUAUAAUCACUUCACAAAUCUCAGUUUCUUCUCGGUUUCUUGGCGUCAGAAUUAAGAAACUUGGAUGGUCAGGCUCAAGCUCAAGCAUCACCUCUAGAAUUGGACCUUCCAAUGGUUCAAGAUUCACAAGCUGGUUCAAGUUUGGGAAGAAUGGUGUUGAUGCUGAAGGGGCUGGGAUUUAUGGUAGCCAGGCUCGUGAUGAUUUUGAUAGAGAUGAUGUUGAACAGUACUUCAACUAUAUGGGAAUGCUUGCAGUUGAGGGAACAUACGAUAAAAUGGAGGCUCUGCUAGGCCAAAAGAUCCACCCUGUCGACAUCUUACUGUUGUUAGCUUCAACAGAAGGUGACCUGCCAAAAAUCGAGGAACUCUUGAAAGCGGGAGCGAAAUAUGAUGUAAAAGAUGCAGAUGGAAGAACAGCGUUGGAUAGGGCUAAUGCUGAAGUUAAAGAUUUCAUUCUUAAUUUUUCAGUGCAAAAAGCAUGAUUAGUUUAAGUUAAAGAUUUGAUUCUUGAUUUUUUUUCAAUGCAGAGAGCAUGAUUAGUUUGUUCAAGUAUGUCAUUUGAGACAUGGUUGUUUAGAUUAUGAUAACUUUUGAACUAUGUUAUUUCACGUGUUUUGGCCUUUGGAUUCAU